GGCAAGAGCCGGGAGUAGGCACAACUCCAGUCGCCCGCGGGGACCUGCGUGAUCUGGGGACGCGCGGCUCAGGCAGGUGCGCGGUCAGCAGCCCUGGGCGCCGCGUCGCACGUGGCAACAGGUGCAGCGCGGUCCCGGGCAGACGCCCGGGUCUGGGGCGCGUCGGCAUUUAGCCCCGGAGCGUGCGGGGCUUCGGGACUGGGACGCGGGAGCGCAAGAGGGGGCAGCGAAGCGGCUGGCUGAGCCCGCCAACCUGCGAGCGGAGCAGAGUCGAGCGCAGCCGAGCGGAGCCGAGCGGAGCGCGGCUGGGGCCGCCCUGGCCUGCGUUCCGAGGGAACAACACAUCAUUACAACCUGAAAGCAUCUUAGAAGCUUUCAACUGUGCUAAAAAAAACCUAGGAGAUAGACAAUUUUUCCUUUCCUUUCAUUUGAAAGGAUUGAAAGAAGAAAGAAGAUGGCAGAGGCUUAAAGUUGAUAUGCAGGAUGAAUGAUGAUAAUUCAGAUGAGAAGACAGAAGAUGAACGGCUAUCCUUACUUUUCAGUGGUAAAAAUGGAAAUACCUGUGCAUACAACCAAAACUCCCCACAUACACAAAACUCCUCAGCCGAUAGUGUGAGUUGGAACUCUGUGAACCCGGAUGACAUGGUGGUUGAUUAUGAAACCAGCUCUGCCGUGGACAUUGAUGAAAACAAUACUUUAACUCCUCAGUGUGUAGAAGUGCUUCAUCACCAAAAGUCGUCAAGUGAGUUGAUUAGGAAGGAGGUGUUAGACACCCACAAAGCCUCCACACGUCAGUCUUGUGUGCACGUUGUGAAUAUAGAGGAGCCAAAGUACUUGUCUAACCGUUGUCAUUUCCUGGAAUCAUUACGGGACCAGAGUGCUGAGACAUCGCUGCCUUUUGUGUGGAAACCCAACGAUGAUGAUUUGAACUGUCCACAUUGUCUUACUGCCUUGGAGCCAAACCAGACAUUUGACAUGACAGUGGAUGAUGUUGACGGCACCUUCGUAACACGUCAUGCCAUUGGGAAGAGUCAGUCUUUGCAUACGACUGGAAAUCUGCAGCCGACCGGCAUGAGGAGUGGAAACCCAUCUUUAUCCUGUUCUACAUCUCCCUGUUCUGAUAAGAUACAUAUGAGAGAAUUGAAUUAUGAUCAAGACAGCUUUGAAAACCCUAAAGCCACAGCAGCAGAGGCCCAAGAUACAACGUACAUAGCAUUUCCUAAUGUGAUGCAAACUGGUAUUGUUGUUCCAGAUCUUGGCAUUCAGUGUCAGUAUUCCACAGGACAGAUCACCAGUGACUACACAGAUGGGUCACAGCAAGGAUUAGUUGGAGAAAAAGACAUACAAGCUCCAACACCAGUUUCUGAGGGCAUGGAUGUUCCCAAUGGGGCUGUAUUACAAGAGUUCUUUUGUUUAUCGAAAGAUGAACCAAAUAGUGAGACACAUUCACAGGCCUCAUAUGGGCAAAAGGAAAUGGGCCAAAAUCUCAGAGAAACAGUGUCCAAUUGUCUUAAAGAUGAUGAAUGCCCUUUACUGGUGCCAGCUUUUGAUAAAAGUGAAGCCCAAGUACUGAACCCAGAACAUGAAGUCACGGUGGCUGGAGAUGCACACAAUGCCUCUCAGGAAAAGGAUUUGGAAACCCAAAAUCGUACCAUAGAAUUAAUACUGACUAGCCCACUGGGACAGAAGAUGGCUUCGUCAGUUGAACUGAGUUGGGAUGCAAAUGAUACGGUCAUUAACACAAAUAAUACGGUUUGCAUGUCAACACCAGUCCUAGAACCCCCAAAUACAACCUUUUCUAUUUCACCUAUUGAAGUGGCAGAGAAAUGUAGUAAAGUGGAGAAGAGUCAUCAAGAACUUAGAAAUGUACCGAGCUUGAAGGGGGCACCUGUGAACACGUGUAAACCUAAUCUAGGAAAAUUGACAACUAAAAUGAAUACUCCAAUAGGCAGCAAAGUUAGAAAAACCGAAAUUAUAAGUUACCCAAGACCAAACUUCAAGAAUGUCAAAGCAAAAGUUAUGUCUAGACCAGUGUUGCAGCCCAAAGACCCUGCUGCAUCAAAGGUCACACCCAGAUCUCAGCUAACCAUUGCCUCAUCACCCUUAUCCGUGUCUUCCUCAAGACAGUUGACAGCUUUGAGCAAAACACCAAGGUCUGACUUGAAUGCAGAUACAAAAGCAGAAAUCCUAAUUAACAAGACACACAAGCAGCAAUUUAAUAAACUCAUUACUAGCCAGGCUGUGCAUGUUACAACUCAUUCUAAAAAUGCUUCACACAAGGUUCCAAGAACAACAUCUGCCAUGAAAUCGAAUCAGGAAGAUGUUGACAAAGCAAGUUCUAAUUCAGCAUAUGAGACUGGGUCCGUGGCUACCUUCUUUCAGAAGAUGAAAGGCAUACUCCCUGUUAAAAUGGAAAGCACAGAAUGCUUGGAAAUAACAUACACUUCUGACAUCGAUGGGAUUAGCCCUGAAAAGAAGGGUGAAAAAGAAAAUGGGCCACCUAUGGAAAAACAAGAGCUAAAAAAGGAAAUUAUGAAUGAGACCUUUGAAUAUGGUUCUCUGUUUUUGGGUUCUGCUUCAAAAACUGCAGUCACCUCAGGUAGGAAUAUUUCCAAGCCUGACUCCUCCAAUUUGAGGAAAACACCUGGUUCAAAAGCCAAAGUGGGGCCUUCUGUUUCCUGUUUGAGGCGGAAUAGUGACAGUAGAAAUCUCAAUUCUGACCGGGCCUUAUCUCCUCAGAGGAUCAGGCGUGUGUCCAGUUCUGGAAAACCUACAUCCUUAAAAACACAGCCGUCUUGGGUGAAUUUGCGUAGACCACUUCCUAAAUCCAAAGCCUCUUUGAAAAGUUCUGCGCAGAGGGGGACAGGAAGCGCGUCCUCUGUUGCCAGCACCCACAGUGAUCUGAGCACUUACAGCAGUAACUCUGGGAAUGCCACUGUCAUCAAGUAUGAGGAAAAACCUCCCAAACCAGCAUUUCAGAAUGGUUCCUCAGGAUCCUUAUAUUUGAAGCCUUUGGGACCCAGAGCUCAUGCACACUUACUAAAAACUCCUCCAAAAGGUCCCUCAAGAAAAAAUCUGUUUACGGCUUUUAAUGUGGUUGAAAAGGGCAGGCAGAAGAAUCCCAGAAGUUUGUGUAUCCAGACACAGACGUCUCCAGAUGUGCUAUCUUCUGAAAAAACACUUGAGUUGGCUCAUUAUAAAACAAAAUGUGAAAACCAAAGUGGAUUUAUCCUGCAGCUCAAGCAGCUUCUUUCCUGUGGUAAUACCAAGUUUGAGGCAUUGACAGUUGUGAUUCAGCACCUACUCUCUGAGCGGGAGGAAGCGCUGAAACAACACAAAACACUAUCCCAAGAACUUGUUAACCUUCGAGGAGAGCUAGUCACUGCUUCAUCGACCUGUGAGAAAUUAGAAAAAGCCAGAAAUGAGUUGCAAAUAGCUUAUGAAGGAUUUGUGCAGAAGCUGAACCAGCAGCACCAGACCGAUCUAACAGAGCUAGAGAAUCGGCUUAAAGAAUUUUACACCGGGGAGUGUGAAAAGCUCCAGAACAUUUACAUUGAAGAAGCGGAGAAGUACAAAAACCAACUGCAAGAGCAGUUUGACAACUUAAAUGCUGCCCAUGAAACCUCGAAGCUGGAAAUUGAAGCUAGCCACUCAGAGAAAAUUGAAUUGCUGAAGAAAGCCUAUGAAACCUCCCUUUCAGAAAUCAAGAAAAGCCAUGAAAUAGAAAAGAAAUCCCUCGAGGAUAUGCUUUUUGAGAAGCAGGAAUCAUUAGAGAAACAAAUCAGUGAUCUGAAGAGUGAAAAUGAUGCUUUAAAUGAAAAGUUGAAAUCAGAAGAACAAAAAAGAAUAUCAAGAGAGAAAGCAAACUUAAAGAACCCUCAGAUCAUGUACCUGGAGCAAGAGUUAGAAAGCCUGAAAGCCGUGCUGGAGAUCAAGAAUGAAAAACUGCAUCAGCAGGACGUCAAGUUAAUGAAAAUGGAGAAACUGGUGGACAACAACACAGCAUUGGUUGACAAACUGAAGCGAUUCCAGCAGGAGAAUGAGGAAUUGAAAGCUCGGAUGGACAAGCACAUGGCAAUUUCAAGGCAACUUUCCACUGAGCAGGCAGUUCUGCAGGAGUCCCUGGAGAAGGAGUCCAAAGUCAACAAGAGACUGUCCAUGGAGAACGAGGAGCUGCUGUGGAAGCUGCACAACGGGGACCUGUGCAGCCCUAAGAGGUCCCCCACGUCCGCCGCCAUCCCCUUCCAGCCACCGAGGAACUCCGGCUCCUGCCCCAGCCCCAGCAUCUCACCCAGAUGACGCCUUCUGGAAGCUGGGAGACUGUCGGAAAGCAUCUGUAACAGGUGUGCGGGACUGACCCUAACCACGCUCGACGGAGUGAGAGCUACAGUAGCGGACGUGUAGUAACCACGCUGGAACUGGAGAGUCGCCGCCCCCGAGGCUCCUUCUGAGACUGGAACACUCUGGAGGAAGACUUGGACCCCGUCCAAGAGCCCCCUCGCCAAAGACCUCAGAACGGAUCCGCAUGGACGGACGCUGUUGCACAAAGCACUUAAAGAACAAGAGGGUCUUGUUUGUUGCCUUUUUCACCUAAGCAUAAGGCGGAAAGAAAACUCUCAGGGGCCUGUUAAGAUAAAGAUGUAUAACCUUUAUAAUGUUCUUCACCGCGGACACCUUCUUGGGAUUUGUGUUUUGGUCUGACUGGGGAUGUGUGAGUGGAAUGGAUGCGGCAGACUGUCCCGUGUCUGAUGCCGCCUCCUUUGCUGUGUCCUGGAAGGCAGGUGCCCCACACAGCUGGGUAUGUACUAACCGAAUGCUAGUCCAUGUAUGCACUUCCGCAAAAGCCAUAGAGGGAGGAGCAGUAGUUGCUUGAAUUAAGACUCUCUACCACCAACUUGGCUCAGCCCUUGACAGUGGGGAGCGGUAAUGACACGACGAGCUGGGACUCGUCCAUGUCCGUACAGCUCUGUCCUUCUGCGAUAACUUGCUGGCAGUCUCUCAGUGUUCAGCCACGUCAGUUCAAACUAGCUAGAUUUUUUUCUGUAGGUUUUUAACUUCCCUCUGUAAACCUAACAUUAUACUACAAUCUAUUUUCUCAGGCUAUGAGCAAAUAUAAGACCCUAAUUUUUCUAAAAAUCUGUAUAAAGAAAAGGGGCAGGACCAGUGGGUUUGCUUCUGCCUUAUUUUUACCUUGACCUGAGCUAUCCCCACAGAUUGUUGGCUCUCCCGUUGUCUUCAUUUCUGCCCUCUGCCUCUUCUCCACACACACCCUUCCCCCCCCCCCAACUCCCCACCCCUCACCAGAGCCACAAAAGCAAACCUUCUACCUCCUACCUACUCUUCUCUGGGACAAGGAAUAGGUUUCCCAGAGCCAGCUCAUCAUCAAGGUGCCAAAACCACUUUCCAAACAAACCAAGGCCUGGAUGUGACAGUAAAAAUGUUGGGAAACCCUAAAGAGAAUGAAGAAUAAGGCAUUAGCUAGUAGAACGGAGUAAGGUAGGAUUCAGUGCUUAUGGCUAAGUAGGAGCAGCUGGUGUAGGGCAAUGAUGCACUUAAUGCAUUCUGGAAAGAUAGUGCUAAGCUUCUGUGUCCUCUUGGAGGAAUCCUUCUCUGUCCUUGAGGUAGCAGAAUGGUCAGUCAGUGGGUGGAAGAUGUGAUGUGUACAACGCCCUCCAAGCUGCAAUUCAAUUUCUCUUCAAAGCUUAUUACCUCCCCCAAUUCUGAUACUUUGGGGGGAAGUAGAAGGAAGAACUGUGGCUUUAUCUCCCUGUCCCUGCAUGUCAGUAUUUACUAACCCGCGUUGCUGACGUCCAGUGGCUGUACAAGUAACUCCUGUAGUGUAAGAACAGAUUCAGGAUACUAGAGGUGGAUAUUUGAGUCGUCAUCUACAUGGACGCUGCAUAGCAAGCUGAUAUUCACGAUGCAUGCUUGUUUUUAUUAGUGAUUGUGUCUGAAGCCCUUAACCUCCAGCAGUGUAUUAUGUAUGUUACCUUCCGUGUUUGCCUCUGAUAAAUGGGAAUUUAGGCUCACUGCCACCUCCAGGAAUAGCUCUCUGCUUGCCCUUCUGCGUUGUUUUCAAUGCCAUUAGCCAAAGUUGGGUUUGCCAUCCAUCUCCUAGGCAUGGUAACUCUUGUGCUGUUCCCUGCUAUCCUCCAUACCAUUUAGGUGUCUGGGGAAAUCAAUCUUACACAAUUAAUACAAAAUGUCUUCAGAGAAUGGGAGACAAUAGGAGAGAAGAUAGGAAACAAAACAGAACUUUAAGAUUUUUUUUUUCUCAAACCAAAUGUUUCUCACGUAGGACGGAAAACGUUGGCACGUCAUAAAAAUAAGGAUGUGUAAACCGUAGUUGUGCUCAGUUUGUAGCGAUGGAAAGUGUAUUUUACUUUGAUCAAAUAAAUAAUGCUGGAAUAUUCAACAUAAGGAUUGCGACGUCUGACCUACUCCACCCUCCGAAGCGUCACCCAGUUUUCAGCCCUUCUCAAGGUACCGGUGACCGUUCGUCUCCUCUUCAGCUGUGUCCCCAGGGGUUUCCAGUGCAACCACCCAGUUGGUCAUGGGCUGAAAUCUGGCUCACAGAGCUAGACUCACAGGUAAGCUUCUCUGAAUUCCCAGCUAUGGGUACUGGAGAAACCGCAACUGACUUAAACAAUUUCUGCUGUAUCAGGUAAGAAAAUGAGAACAGCCACAGUGCAAAUAUUUUUGGAGGUAGUAAAAAAGCCUAAAUGAAGCUGAAUCUUCCUUGAAUCAGAAAUCUAUAUGGAAAGUUAAAGUUCUAAAAACACAUGUUUGGUUCUUAAUGACUCAUCGAGAGCUAGUACUUUGGAGUGCAGCAGCCUAAAAAAGGGCACGUUUGCCUCAGUUUUUGAUACCUUCACAUCAUUUUGAAUAUAUAGUUGAACCACAUAUCACUUAAUUUUUAGAUCUCCUGUAUUAUGGAAUAGAAUCUUUGGUAUUGACCCAAGCAGUGCCCCCAACAAAUCCUUCAACCAAAAAACCGAACACUUAGCCCAUUUUGUACCAAAACCUGCCCAUUGAAUAGAAAUGAGUAUACAAAGUUAACAUCUAUGCUUUUUUAUUAUAAAAAGUAGAAAUGCAGAUACAUAGGUAAGCAAUCAAAAUACAUGCUUUCUGUCAGGAGUUAACACUAUUAGGCCGAAUGACUUCCUUUGAGUUUGGACUUCUGGGUCUGACUCACGGGGCAGGGGGCGGGGUUUGGCACCGAACGGCAGCCUCCGGCAAAGCAGGAGUCACCAGAACCCCAAAGCCGGCCAUGUGCACAAAUGAACUUGCCCUCAAUUCAUUAUACCUCAUUUUCCAAGUCAGGAAAACUCAACAGUGGUCGCUACUGUAGUCUCCCCUUGGAGAUUCCGAGCAGUGCAAAUGUAAUACCCUACAUCAGUGGUUGCAACGUCUUCAAUUGUCAGGAUGCUCUGGGAGAUUCUUGUGGUGUGCCCCAGUCCUCUGUGGAUCAGCCGCCAAGUGUCUUGAAUCGUCACAGGCCUUUCAUCCUGUUGAACAACACCCCCAAGCGCUGCAGCACAAGCAAUAGGCUGCUGUAAACAGGUCCCAUUCACCCCACACCACUGGGUGGGGGGGGGGGGGAGGUUCUUGCCCAAACACCUAAAAGACUAUUCGGUACAUACAGCACAGGGGAGCUUUUACAGUAUAUGCAAACACUACACUGUUUGGAAUGCUCAUUUUGCUCCUAAGUUUCCACUUAAAUUCUUUUGGAACCCCAAGAACAUAGAACUGGUACUAGGCAAGAAACAUGGAUAAAAAUUUCUGCUGCUCCCCCCUUCACAUUGCCCACUCAAUAGUUCUGGGACUAUAGAAUUUAAAGCCAGAUGGGGCACCUGGGUGGCUCAGUCGGUUAAGCGUCCAACUUCAGCUCAGGUCAUGAUCUCACAGUCUGUGAGUUCGAGCCCCACAUCGGGCUCUGUGCUGACGGCUCAGAGCCUGGAGCCUGCUUCGGAUGCUGUGUCUCCCUCUCUCUCUGCCCCUCCCCCACUCAUGCUCGGUCUCUCUCUGUCUCAAAAAUGAACAAAAAUGUUAAAAAAAAAUUUUUUAAUAAAAAUUAAAAAAAAAAUUUAAAGCCAGAAAAGCCUGACGCACUCACUGUGUAAGUAAAUGAGAGCUCCCCAUUGUUCAGAUUUGGUGAAGGGAGAAGUAGAAACAGCCAGGCCAAAGGACUCCAGUGGGAGCAAAGUUGUACCAAGAAUGGAUGCCAUGAUGCCCUGGAUGAUCUAACUCCCUAUUUCUAGAAAGUGAGAUGGUCACUUUGGAGAAGCUGCACCCAACUAUGGUGAGCCGAAUGUUGUGUGUUUUGGAUUUGCUGAACAGGAUUGUAAUAUCACCAGUAUUAAUAAAUACACUUUCUGCUCAUUAAAAAACAAAAACAAAAACACACUUCCAUUGAAAAUCAUAGAUAUCUUCAAAGUGUGACCACACUUUUUAAAAACAAGUACCUACUACCAGGAAAAUAUUUUUUCUCCAGGGAGACUUAUUUUCCACCAAUCACAGCCCCUGAGCCAGAAGUGUAUUGGCUACUGAGUAUGUCUUAGGAGGCCAAAUCUUCUCUGGCAAUGAAGGAAUUAUUCCAUGUUGGUAGCAAAGCUGUUUAUUUUAGCAAGCAAAACGGGCACGGAGGCUAAAUGUGCGGGUGUUGCUCUUAUGGAAAGUCUAUUUUAAAAUUAUCUCUGGCCUCACGGCACCUUUUUGCCAGGGCCUAGGUUUAUAUGCCCACUUGGUGGAUGUGCUCACCACGGGGCAUAGCUCGUAUAGGGAGCACACUCUGAGGGAGACGAGUUGGCCUCCAAUUGACCCAGAAAUGGGGGUGGAGAAAGAGGGAGCCCCUCCUUUCUCUUUCAGGCUCUGUCCCUGCUUAAGGGUUAUGAAGAAAAAUAACAUAUAAAGAAGGUACACUGAACUGCCUAAUGGAACCCACUUUUUUUUCCUGUCCUUUAAAAUAGCCACUUGUAAAUAUUACUGGAAUAGCUUAGAAAACAAGUAAAACCUGGCCCCUGAUACAGUUUCACACACUGCUCACACUCGUUAAGUUAUGAUCUCUUCACCUGGGGGUGGGUUGGAGGACAAAACUAAAUUUACUGAGCUGGCUGAGAAGGGGCACAGCCCUUACCUUCUGUCCUGGAUAGAUCCACCUGAAUUCCACCUCGACAUCAGGUUCCCCCAGGACGGUACAGAGGACGCUGAUGUCAUCCCCACUCCUCACUUUGUUUGAGGAUGCCAAGAUGGUUGUUGACGGAGGGCCUCUGGGAACUGGAAGGAAACAGGAGACAGAGCAAGUGAGACAGAAUCCACGGGUAUGAUGUUGAAGACAAACCUCGAGGCAUAUUCUGUUCUUGGAACUGAGCUGUAACAUGUCUGCCUUCCUUCCAGCUUCCCAGCCGGCUUCAGGCCUAGACUAUCCCAUCACUUCUGGUUUCCGGUGAAGCCUCCUCUCCACACUGGCAGUCCAGAAUGGGGUGCUCAUCCAGAACCCACAGGCCCAGCCAUUACAUUUAUGUUAAAGGAGGCGGCUAAAAGUUGUGGGAAUAAGAAGGGGAAUAAAAAAGUUGAGGGAGAAGAAGGUGCUUGGGGACAGAGUGAGCAGAACAUAGAGAAGGCUGGCGGGAAGGAGGGCAGCUGAAGGAGUGAAAAGGACCAGACAGGUGUGUGGCUGUUCAUCCUCAGAAGGAAACGGAGCAAGUCUGAAUCUAACGAAAAAGGAUGUUUGGAGGAAAGGUACAACUACUGCCAUCUGCUUGCUUUACUUGACAGCAUUUUAGAAACACUGGGGUCAGUUCACUUAAAUAAUUUUGAUGGCGGCCUUGAGCAAGCCCAUGGGCUACGAGCAGGGGCUACAGCAGCGAACAGCACAGACAUGGUCUCUGAGCCCUUGGGGACCUCUCUUCAUGGUCUGAAGGAGGCAGACACUAAACAGUUGGAUAGUUAAUGUUCAACUUGGGUUGUACUAUGAAGAAGACCAGCAUGUUCUGCAAGUUCAGAGUAGCCUGAAAAGCAAGAAUGGCUUCCUUGAGGGAACAAUGUUUGAACUAAAACCUGAAGGGUGAGCUUGCCAGGCAUGGAGGGAGAAGCAGGAAGUCACCGGGGGAAUCACUGUGUGAGCUUCGGCUGUGAGGUAGACCAAGGCCAGGCAGGCUGUGGAGCAGGGCAGAGGGCCGAGGGCACCUCAGCCCACAUGGAAGAUUCUGACUAGAGUUCUAAGAAAAGUGGGAACCCAGGGGUACCUGGGUGGCUCACUCAGUUAAGCGUCCGACUUCGGCUCAGGUCAUGACCUCACGGUUCGUGAGUUCGAGCCCAGCGUCAGGUUCUGUGCUGACAGCUCAGAGCCUGCUUCGGGAUUCUAUGUCUCCCUCUCUCUCUCUGCCCCUCUGCCCCUCCUCUGCUUGUACUCUGUUUCUCUGUCUCAAAAAUAAACAUUAAAAUGAUCAGGUUAAAAACAGUUCAAUGUUUAGUGGAGAGAUUUGAGCAUACUCCAAUCCCUUCAAGAAGUGGGGAGUUAGGCCAAUCGGAAGAGACUGAAUUUACACAUCCAUGGGAUUUUCCAGGAGCCCUCGGCAUGGAGAAAGGAUACAAGUAUGUGCUCUAGGGAGGUAUUUCCCUGGACAGUGGGAGGACAACAGGCGGGCAAAGAGUUGAGGGCACAGGCAGAGAGCCUAGCCAUGUCGAGUCCUGGACCCCAAGCAGGGUGGGUGGGGAGGGCGGGAGAGCAGAGGGGAAUGCAGGGGUGGGCGGCAAAGAUGAGGACACACACACAGGAGUCAAUGAACACUGAGCAACAAUCUGGGCAGGGAUGAGGUCAUUCAUCAAGUUGGUGUCUGACUCAGUGAGUGAUUCUCAAGUCGGAGCAGGUGUAGCUGUGGGCAGGCUGACGGUGCGGCUGAGGGAGGGAGGGGUGCCUGAGGUGGAGGGUCGAGGCAGUCAGUGAACUAGGUGGAGGCGCUCCAAGUGGAUGUCGACGUCACCCAGUGACAAGGAGGACAAUGAGCAAAUGAGGGGAAUGAAUGGAAGGGAGAAGAAAAAGCUGGUGGAGCCACGAGACUCAGAGGAGCAGAGGUUCCUAACAGCAAACGAGAGAACGAGGGUGAGGAAGGGGGAACAGACACAAGAAGAGCUUGACCUUGAGCUGGCGAGGGAUGGCGCCCUUAGGAAGCCACAGAUCUGGGUCCCAACAAAGAGGAUGCUCUCAUCGCAGAAGACGUUCUCAGAGGCUGGAAGAACGGGAGAAUUGCUGGUACAUCACACAGACGUCGUUCUAGAGCGAGCAAUGGGUGAAGGGAGUCAAGGGGUGUUAGCUCAGGGUCACAGGCAGUUGUAGAAACGGCAGUGCGGUAGAGGAGCCUUUAAAAACAGCAUUCUGUGCCUCCUGAUUUCCAUCCAUAGUUUGGAAGAGCAGUGCCUGAGACGGGCCAGCUGGAAGAGACUGAAGUCUAGGGCAGGCUUACCUUCCACAUACAGUAGUUGGUACUUGACUGAGAUCUGAGACUUGCCCCCAGCCUCCGCCUUGCAGUAGACCACCCCCUGGUGGUCGGAAUGAGGUUGCAGAUACACAAAGCCCCUCUUCGUGUCGUAAACAAUGUCUGUCCCAUUGGCUGGGAUUUCCUUGGCAGGGAACUCCCUGUGGAGGGUGACUCUGGCCGAGGGGACAGUCACUCGACAAGGAACCACAGCCUGCCUGUCCGGGUUCAGGUAGACAACAUCGAAGUAACUGGGAGAAGGUACAAAGAGUUCUCCUUUCUCUG